CUUGAAAUGGAACUCUAACCUUAAUUGCUAAAAUACGUUAAUACAAAAAAUAAAACUCAAUGAAAUUGCUUUCAAAGAUGUAGCUCCAAAGAGUAUGGGCAUUUUUGUAGCAUCAGAUUAUUUCUAAACUGCCUUAUUUGUCGCAAGUGCCACUCAAUUGUCAAUUAAUACAGCCUGUGAAUAUUUUCUUGGUGUCACCUUGAGGACCACUAUAGAUUAGUUAUUAUUCACAAGAUUAAUAUUCUAAUCAGUUAGAAGAAAUCUCUAAUGGUUCCUUGAUUGGUUGAGUGAGAUAAUGAAGAUUGUGGAGUUUUAGAUAUCUUCUCAUCAACCAAUUAGAAGAGGAUCAAGUUCCACAAAGGAUAGACUUUGUGGGACUCACCAGACACUAUAUAAGUAGAUUCCAUACUUUCAUGGAUUUUCAUCAAUAACUCAGCACUUACGAGGACUUACUUCCUUUGAGUUGAAGUUGGUAGGCAAUGGCAGCCAUGGCUCUUUCAUCUACAUUCACAGGAAAAGUUGUUCCUUUGAAUGCACCUACCGAGCUCUCAUCCUCGGUUCGAAGCAACGGUAGAAUCUCAAUGAGGAAAUCCGGAAAGCCAGCAGCUUCCUCAGGCAGCCCAUGGUAUGGUCCCGACCGUGUCAAGUACCUUGGACCGUUCUCUGGUGAGCCUCCAUCUUACCUCAAAGGUGAAUUCCCUGGUGACUAUGGUUGGGACACUGCAGGUCUAUCAGCUGACCCAGAGACAUUUGCCAAGAACCGAGAGCUCGAAGUGAUUCACAGUAGAUGGGCCAUGCUUGGGGCUCUAGGAUGUGUAUUCCCUGAGCUUCUUUCAAGAAAUGGAGUCAACUUUGGUGAAGCAGUUUGGUUCAAGGCUGGUUCACAAAUCUUUAGUGAGGGUGGCCUAGACUAUCUUGGAAACCCAAGUCUUAUUCAUGCACAGAGCAUUUUGGCAAUUUGGGCAUCUCAAGUAGUGUUAAUGGGUGCUGUUGAAGGUUACCGUAUUGCCGGAGGACCACUUGGAGAGAUUACCGAUCCCAUCUACCCAGGUGGUAGCUUUGAUCCCCUUGGGUUGGCUGAUGAUCCAGAGGCAUUUGCAGAACUUAAGGUGAAAGAACUUAAGAAUGGUCGUCUUGCAAUGUUUUCCAUGUUUGGGUUUUUCGUACAGGCCAUUGUAACAGGAAAAGGUCCUUUGGAGAACCUUGCAGACCAUCUUGCUGAUCCUGUCAACAACAAUGCAUGGGCUUAUGCUACCAACUUUGUACCUGGAAAGUGAAAUUACUAUGUAAUGUUCAAACAAGCUUUCAAUUUCACUACGGUGUUAGCUUGUAAAAUGUAAAAUGUACAAUCAAAAUGUUGAAAAUCAACAAUCAAUGUUAUAAUCACUGAAA